AUGGACGACGCAGCGUCGCCGUGCCCCGUCCCGAGUAGCAAGCUCUCGGCGGGCAGCGAGUACGCCACGCUGACUCCGUUGGCACCGAUGUCGUACACCGCGGUUCCUCAAACGCAUCAGCACGUCGAGCAGUCGGCCGCAUUGUACCCGCAUCACCAGCAGCCGAUGGCGGCGACUGUGGCAGUGUUCCCGACUUUCUUCUGCGGUGGCGCCGUCCCGGAGAUGACAUCAACGACAUCGUCGCUCGAGUUGCAGGACCUGCCGCCCGCCGUGACCGGCGUACCGUCGCCCGACUUCUCGGUCAACUCCGACUCGGACGACUCUUCGUCGGACAAGGUUCGGCACGUGAACGACGGAUUUGAGCGACUGCGUAGUCGACUGCCUCUUCCGCCACGAGACAAGGAUCGCCGGCUGAGCAAAGUUGAGACGCUGCGCUAUGCCAUCAGUUACAUCAGGCAUCUGCAAAGGCUGCUGGGACUGAUUGAUGAUGACGACGAUGAUGAAGAUUGCGAGAACAGCCGAUGCCACCGAUAG